AUGUCCACGGUCAUUCCAGUCACCCCCGAGCCUGCGGCUCACUCGCCUGCUCCCAAGCUCAAUGGGGAGGCCCUUCGAUCCAAGAAAUAUUUCGACCAGCGUUCUGCGCAGGAGAUGGACCAGCACCUUAGGACCCCUGAGCGGACAUUGCAGGAAACUCUAGCCUGCGCAUGUAGGCUGAUUGCAGCCAAACAAGAGGAUGCUGGGCUCGCGGGUCAAAUCAGUGCACGCUCCCAGCGGGGUGAGGGCUUCUAUUGGACCUUACGCUUUGGCUUGGGCUGGGAGGAGGCCCAGCCUGAAGACUUUAUCGAGGUAGAUGGAGAUCUCAAUACUGUUACGGGGACUGGAAUGGCUAAUCCAGCUACUCGUUUUCAUUUAUGGGUAUAUGCCGCCCGGUCGGAUGUCCAAAGCAUCAUUCAUACUCACUCCCCGUGGGUGCAGUCCCUCGUAGCCGCUCGACAGCCACUGGUAGUGGCUCAGAUGGACAUGACACCCCUCUACGACGACUGUGCCUUUUUGGCGGAUUGGCCCGGAGUCCCGAUUGCAGAUCAGGAGGGGGUGAUAAUCACAGGCGCGCUUGGAAAAAAGCGGUCUAUAGUGCUGGCGCAUCACGGAAUGCUCACCGCGGGGUCAACUAUUCAGGAGGCAACCUAUCUCUGCGUUACUCUGGAAAGAGCGGCUCGUAUCCAAGUCCGAGCUGCACCUUACGGUCCUCUCACGCCUGUUGACGGUGAUCUUGCAAGAGAAGCAGGUGGAUACCUGAUGAGGCCUCGGAUUGUGAACGCAACAUUUGAGUACUGGCUUCGUCAGACGCGCCCAAUAGCGCCGUUGAAAGUCGCGUAA